AUGUGUUCAAGGAACACUCCCUUGAGGGCAAUCGACCCUUCCAGAAUCCGUAUCAACAGAGAUAUCAAGCACUCGGAUGCCUCUUCGAUCUUUGAGGUUGAACUGAAUGGGCAGAAGUAUGCCUUGAAGAUCUUCCACGACAACGGCGACCCGGGCUAUACCGAGAAAGGGCGCGAUCUGAACCGAUUUCGCUGCGAAUUCAACGCGUGUCAGAAACUCCUCGCUUCGGGUGCCUGUGAGCGCGGCGUCGUUCCCAAGUGCUAUGGCUAUAUCGAUCGGAUGGACCCGGCUGCAUUUGCUCCUGUUCUCCGACAUUUCGCCCACGACAAGCUACAGCCACGAGCAAUCUUGCUAGAAUACCUCCCCAACGCCGAGAGUUUGAACUGCGUGAACUACUCCGAUGCGCUUUAUUCCCAGGCGAUCGAGGGCAUGGAGGAGAUCCACCGGGCGGGAGUUCACCAUCAAGACCUCUAUUCCAAAAACCUUCUCCUUGUUCAUGGAGAUCCCGAUCGGUUGGUUUGGAUCGACUUCGAUGUUGCAACGACUUUCGACGAGUUGGGUCUUGAACAGCAGGCCGACUGUGACCAUGAAAUUGCGCUGGUGAAGGGAUUUGGGGAAUUACUGAGGAAAGACCAAGCUGAGGGUCUUCCUCCGAAUACCAAAUACUAUUGA